AUGGAUGACACUUCAUAUGACGAUGAUGAUCGUCUUUCAACCAUCAACCUUACUCCUUCUGAAGCUGAUACCGGUACUACCGACGAGUAUGGCCUCUCGCAUGAGGAUGAUGAUCCUCCAAAUGCGCCAGCUACGGCAAAUGAGGGAAUAGGACCACAAGCUGCCGAUGACGACCCAUCUGGCGUCCCGGAAGACGAAGACGAAUAUUCACUCACCGACUCUGACGCAGAAGGGGCACACACGUUCCGUCAUGCCGCCCCAGAAUAUCGAUAUUGCUUUGCUCGUGUUCAUCUCAAAUCACGGGAGCGAAAGAGAGCAAUAGAAGAACUAAACGCGAGGAUUAUAGAGCUGGAGGACAGAAAUGUAAGACUUGGCCAAUCGAGGAACACACCGAGGAAGACUCAAGUGACUUGGCCAGAUCGCAUUGGCAGCGAGAGCUGGGAAAGAGUCUACAAGCGCGCGUGCAUGGAGGGAAAUGCUUCGCCUAACCUCAAAAAAAUUCAUCCGGAUCUAAAUCUGAGAAAGCCUACAAACAGAGAGAUACAAGCAGAUAUAUUGCAGAACCCCUCGGAUCACCAGAAGCCGCGGCCUUCUGAUAUGCCUGUGGGCAACAUCACUAGGGGAAAGCUGCCUAGGAAAAUGCCCGAUGAGAUACAAUUCCAGAUUCUACGACAUUUCUUCGACUUUCGAGGCAAGGUGGUUCAUGCCAUAUCCCGCCUGGACCCGCAUCAUCCGUUAGAUGAGGCACCCAUGAAUCUCAAUCCAAGGCCGAGCUACCUCCAUCGCCUACACGUGGGAAGGGCUCCGGGUCGCUUUGCCAAAGGUAUUAAAGCAAACGUUCAACGGCUGCAGCAUGUUGAGAUCCUCUGGAUAGGAUCGCAGCAUCUCACCUUUGCUAUCAAUGACCGCGGAAAAUAUACAUCACGCCGCACAUUUUCGCUCGUAUGGCUUCCAGAGGCCAUUCGCCUCAAAACUCUCGGCGUCUACCUCCCAGAGUCCAGUGAGGAGUAUAGGCGUCGCCAACAUGAACCGAGGGGCAUAGUCGAGCACAUGAAGCGCAAAAUGCAAAUACACCCUAAUUUCAGAGGUUUCCGACCACUGCGCACAAUACAAGGCAUGGACUAUGUUUAUAGCCUCCGAGGCCUAGACCAGGCUGAGUUCUGGGAUUUCGACCGGUGGCUUGAUACAAAGGAGAGGAAGCAACCAGUGCGAGACUGGCACUUUAUAAAGGACGUGAACAACUCUGUCCGCAGGCCCAAAGAAGCCGGUGAUCGUUUUAAAUCACAGUUGAAGAAUCUCUUUCCAUCACUCAGUUCGUUUGAGCCAUCAGAUGCAGAUUGGGACCUUUUGCUUGGAGUUCUCGGGGUAGUAGAGGAAACCCCUCCGGAAGACUCAAGUUCAGAUACUGACCCCGGCUCUGAUUCUGACCCCGAUUCUGAUUCUGACUCUGGCUCUGGCUCUGACUCCGACUCUGGCUCUAACUCUGGCUCUGGCCCUCGCCAAAGUCGUCCUCCAAGCCCUGGUUCGGAUUCAGGUUCUGGUUCGAGCUCAGAUGAUGACAGCGACGACGAUGCCCCAUCACAAACAAUUCCGCGGCAUAAUAUGGGGGUCAACUCGGUCAACAAUGAGGAAGACGGUGGCCCUUCUACAGGGGACUCACAAGCUAACGAUCUGCUCAACAACUUCCACUUGCUUCGCUUGAUGGCCGUCGACGGUGACGGUGACGGUGACGGUGACGGUGGGAGUGAGAGUGAGAGUGAGAGUGAUGAUGGAUCGGCCACCAUCGUGCCAGAUGACCGAUCAGUCUCUGGACAUGAAGUCAUUGACCUUACCGAGGACGAGAAUCACGAAAAUGAGCCGAACCAAGAGAUUGACAAAGAGAUUGAUCAAGAGUUUAAUCAAGAAUUUGAUCAAGAAUUUGACCAAGAUAUAGCGUCUUAUCAAAUUUCAACCAAUGGCAAUGUGGAGGGCAGCCUCUUCGUUUCCGAUGAUGGAUACGCCCCGUCAUAUACAGAAUCACUCACACGCAGCCCGCAGGGCAAUAGAAGAACGGGAGGCUGUGGGCGUGAUUCUGAUGAUUCAAACGAUUCAAACAACUCCCCACCGGCCGCAGAAAGCGAAGCAAGUUUAUUCAUCGGCUCCGCACCUUCGCAUAUAUAUCGCACAGCCUCGUCGACGACGACUGGACAACAAAACGAGAGAAACAAUAUAGUGUUUGUUGACCUCACGGAGGAGGAUCCGACUGACCAAUUCCUCCGGGAACAACCGCCUACGCCACAAGACUCCCGCAAGCGCAACUAUCUUAAGCUCGAAGAAGACGAUGAGGAAGAAGGCGACGACGGUGGCGCUCCGGGAGGCGCGAAGAGGCUUUGCACGUAG